CAGAACCAACAUGAUCCCAAACAGGAAGGGAACUAUCAUGAGAGUUAGCCGGACAUAUUUCACAGGAUUCAGCUUGUCAUUACACCUCGAACCACCAAGUCGUUCAAGAUGAACUUCAAGAAGCAGCUGUUUGGACUGCUGGUGGUUUUUGUGCUGUUAUCGGCGUCUCCCGGAUAUGCAGCUGUCUUCUACCACUACACCAACCAAGCCGGCGUUAACGGCAUUAAACAGACCGGCUAUAUCAAACAGAGUACUAAUCCGAAAUAUGCACACUUUGGAACAGGAGUGUAUGGCACAGGUCUGAGUCCCGACCACGGCAAGGAGGCAAUUGCUAAGAACAACUACCAAAACGGCUGGAAGGCAAAUAUGAACGCUGGGCGGGUAGAUUUUGCCUUCAAGUUCGACCUACCCAGUAACAGGGUGAAGACAUUUAUCCCGAAAGGCCGUAACAUAAUGCUGUACACUGGAGGGAACCUAACUCUUAGCGAAAACCCUUACACCGUGGAGGAGACACCCAAUGAUGCAAAUGUCCUGUUUAAAUCUCCUGGGUCCUUCGCUGCUAAGUUUGCUUCUUACAGUCCAUGUAUCGUCAUCAAUGCAUUCAUGGUAUUCACCAUCAUUAAGAUGUACUAAAUCAUAUGUGCAUCGCCUUUCGCCACGUUCAUAACAAACCUCGCUUUAUGUAGAAAAAAUUCCGUUCAUAGAUUUUGUGUCGUAUAUAUGAAACAACAGGAAGGUACAUUUUGCUAUCUAAAUGAAAACAGAUUAUUUGCACGUAUGUACCUUUUUCACAAUUGCUUGUAUGUCAUACACGAGUAUUAAUCGCAUUCUCAGAGCA